AUGACUGGAGAAGUUUUGAAAGACAUAGCUGACAAAGCUCUAAUGGGAAAACUCAAAGAGGUAGACUCAGAAUCUGAGGAGUCAAAGUCUGUCAGUAGUGUGUCUGUCAAACGAGAGGAAUCUGGAGUUCAGGAGAUCAAAUCUGUCAACAUAUCUGAGUCUGAGUCAAACAAUGUUGGUAAAGCUGAUUGUGUAGAGCAGGUGUUGGAUGAGGAGAGUGAGAAAUCUGAAAAGGCUCAAUCUGAGAAGGUUGUUAGUGAUUCUGAAGAUGAAGGGAAUUUCUUAGAUCGAUAUUCGAAACUGUCGGUUGAGGUCAAAAAGAUGGAGAACGCUUUGAAAAUUGAUUCAAACAUUUUUAAAGAUGACGUUGUUGAGUUUGAAAAUGAAGUUGAUAAGUUUCUUGCUGAAUUUCCACCGAUAACUAAUAAAGUUAAAACGAUUGUGAAAGAAGAGGUUCCAAAUGUCAUAUUUGAUUUUCCGAAAACACAUGAGAAGUGUGAUGUUGUGUUCGGAAGUGUGUCAGAAGGGCUGCCCAAGUCGAUUCUGUCAAAGUGGAUUAUGGAUAGCGGUGCUUCACGGCAUAUGACUGGGACGCUUGCUCUGCUCUAUGAUGUCAAAUCCAUAAACGGAAGCUAUGUUGGAUUUGCCGGGAAUCAAGGUGGAAGGAUCGUUGGUCAAGGAACGCUGUCAAAUGGAGUGAUUUCGUUCAACAAAGGUUCCAAUGUUGUCUUUGAUCCUCUUCACAACACCUGUUGUGAUUUGGAUAUGCAGAAAAACCCAGAGUUAGCAAAGUUUAGUGGUAUAUUGGAAUUCAUGGGUCGUAUUCCCAUCCAGAAAGCGCUUACUGAUCAACGACCACUAUACAGAUCUCACAUAGAACGUUUCUGGAAAAAUGUAAGCUACGAUGAUCAGAACAAAGUAAUUUCAUCAAUUGUCGAGGUGCAUGGUAAAAAUGAGAAAAUUCUUGUCACUGAAGCACUUAUUCGUGAAGUAGUUAACUUUCCGGAUGAAGCAGAAUCGCCAAUAAGAUUUUCGGAACGUAUGGUGAAAGGCUGCAUGCUAAGAAUGGGUUAUCAGGGAGCUUUGAAUGCUGGAAAUUAUUUGAAGUCGAAGUUUCAGAAACCAUACAAGUUCCUUAUUCACUGUGUAUUGAUGUCAUUGAGCCACACAAAAGGAAGUUAUGAUUCGAUGCGUGAUUAUCAAAUGAAUAUGGUUACUGCGCUAGUGCUGAACAAGAAGUAUAAUUUCUCACAUAUUGUAUUUCACUAUAUGGCUGAGAAUAUUAAGACAGACAGCAAGAGUUGGAUGUAUUCGAGGUUCGUGCAGAUGUUGAUUGAUCACGCGUAUCCAGAGAUUGACAGAAACAUAAAGAAUGAUCUUUUGGUACAAUCUCACAUGAGUAAUGAUUCGCUUAAACAACUUGCAAGAUAUCACCCGAAUCAUCCAGAACCGAAAGAUGGUGCAGAAUUCUUUGGUUUUAUAAAAGAUGCAAAUUACGUUGAUCCAGAUCCAGUUGAUCAUCAGAACUGGAGAAACGAAGCUGAAAGGAAAGAGGCAGCGUAUGAUGAAGAGUUGAAAAUUCUUAAGGAUUUCAAAAACAGCAAGAAUGAGUGGUAUGUGAAAGAAACAGGGAGAAGACGCAGAAGAGCUACUCCUAAAGCUCAAGAGGGUGAAGGAUCGUCGUCAAAACCAAAGAAGAAGCAAAAGAAAGCAGCAGAAAUGUCUUUGAUUGAUGAACCUGAAGAAGAUGAAACAGUGGUAGCUGCGGAAGAAGAUCCAUUUAAUGUUGAAGAACAUUUGUUGUUCGAUACUGAAGUCUUGGAAACCGGACCAACUGUGGAAGUUGAAGCUGAGCGUGUUGUGAAUGUUGAAGCUCAGAAAGGGAAAGAUAAAGUUAUUGAUGACAUUGAGGGAGAUGAUGUUGAUAAAGACACAACGAGUUCCUCGAGUUCUUCAGAUGAAGAAGUAGUAGAUGAAACCGAACAACAUGCCUCUGAAUUACAAUCUCCUCCAGGUGGUCGAAAGAAAGCUGGAGCACGAAAGAAAGUUGUAUCUCCUAAGAUCAGAAAGGUUACACCAAAGAUAUCAAAACCGAAGAUUGUGCUAAAGAAGAAACCAACAAAAGAAACCAGGAAAACACAAACACCACCACAUGAACCAACACCACAUCAAUCGCCAAUCCAUUCACCACCCAGACAACCUACACCACCACAACCAUCCUCACCACCGAAACAACCAACACCUCCAAGACAACCAUCACCUAUACAUCAUUCACCACUACAUCUUUCACCUCCACCACAACAAACCCUAUUCACCUCACAAGAAAUCUUUCAAACACCACCACUCACCCAAGGUCAACUAACACCUAGUUCUACGGGGUACCGAGGUUUUCCAGCUGUUCCUUCGAAUUUGGGAGUAAGCCUUGAUGAUGUAGGAGAUUUUGAUAUUGCAAACACCUCACAAGUCAAGAAUGUUGAAAAGAAAGUUGAUGAAGUGAUUGCUGAAAAUAAGAAGUUAUCUGCUGAGAACAAGAAAGUUGCAGAUCGAGAAAGAAUUCUUGAAAUGCGUGUGAAGAAGUUGGAGGGUGAUAACAAACAGUUGUUGAAAAAGAUUGAUUCUGAUCAGUCAGAGAUAGAUAUCUUGAAGGUGAGAGUUGCUGAGCUUGAGGAAGAAAAAGCUCGACGAGAUGAACAAAAUGAAUACUUCAAGUUAAAGAACAAAGAGCUUGAAACAGCUAAGGCGUUCAGAGAUCAUGAAUUCUAUAUGCUGAAUAAAGUAGUCGAAAGUAUGCUCGGAAUGUCUGUAGAGCAAAGGUUUGAAGAGCUGCAAGUUGAAGAGCUCAGAGCAGAACAUCAAGCUAAAAUUGAUGAACAAAUGAAAGACAAAGGCAAAGGCACUGAAGGAAGUUCUGCAGUGACAGAAAGAUCGAUUGUUCCUUCUAUGGUUGUUGAAAAUCCCGAGCCUAUCUCUGCUAUUUCUGGUUUGUUUGAGGAAGAUACUCUUCUUGAUGAGUUAAUCGACGAUGAUGAUGAUGAUGCUCAGGGUGGUACGGGUGUGAAAGUAUCUGAAGCUUCCACUGAAAAGACUGUUGAUGAUUUGAUGAACGAUUCAGUGAAUGAAGAAUCAAGGGGAGCUGAUAGACAGGGGGAGUCAGGUGAUGCACAGAAUGUUCAACAAGCUCAGAAGUUGAUUCUGAGAUUGGAUACUUAUCGUGAAGAAGGAGAUCAUUUCCGUACUUACACGUUGAAAGCAAUUAAGGAAAUGACUCACAUGGUAAAUCCUGAUUUUAAGUUCGACUUCGAAGAAGAAUUGGAUGCUGAGUUUGAAGAAGAGUUGAAUGCCUUCGACAUCAAUCAACAGCCUAAGUAUGAGUAUAGAUAUGUUGAAGAGGCUGAUAUGUAUGACAGAGUUGAAGUCAAAGAUUGGACAGAUGACGAAAGUGUUAGUGAAGAUACUUCACAGUUGCCAACCUUGAUGGAAGUCUUUACUGAGGAGAAUCGUGACAAGUUGCGAAGAAAAGUUGCAGAAAUUUUGAAAGAUGUGAACUUUGACGGCACUCCAAAAGAUAUGGCAAAAGAAGAAAGGAAAAAGUGGUCCAAAGAAAGUCACGAGAGGAAGUUCAAACGGCCCUUGAAGUACUAUCAACGUGAUCGAAGCGUAUCUCUCGGUGAUAUCAUUAGAUGGGGUUUCUUACCUCAGAUUAAUGCGUAUGCGAUAAGAAGAGAAUGUGGCGUGCAAUAUUUUGAGAUGUAA